GGGCCUAGAGACGAAGACGCUAAAAAGAAACCGGGAAGACGCACUUGUGACGCACGUCCGGCGCCGUAAGCGAGGAAGAUGGCUGCGUCCCAGCAGCAGGCUUCAACGGCUUCCUCUGCCGCUAGUGUGUCGGGUCAGGGUUCGGCUGGUGGCUCGGGUCCCCAGCAGCAGCCGCAACCACCGGCACAGCUGGUGGGGCCUACCCAGAGCGGACUUCUGCAGCAACAGCAACAGGACUUCGAUCCUGUGCAGCGCUAUAAAAUGCUCAUCCCGCAGCUGAAGGAGAGCCUGCAGACCUUGAUGAAGGUUGCAGCCCAGAACUUGAUUCAGAACACUAACAUUGACAACGGACAGAAAAGUAGCGACGGACCCAUACAGCGCUUUGACAAGUGUCUGGAGGAGUUCUAUGCACUCUGUGAUCAACUAGAGCUCUGCCUGCGCCUGGCACAUGAGUGCCUGUCACAGAGUUGCGACAGUGCCAAGCACUCUCCGACACUGGUGCCCACAGCCACCAAGCCUGAUGCCGUGCAGCCUGACAGCCUGCCCUACCCGCAGUACCUGGCGGUCAUCAAAGCCCAGAUUGCCUGUGCCAAGGACAUUCACACUGCUCUGUUGGACUGCGCCAACAAGGUCACAGGCAAGACGCCUGCACCACCUACGGGCCCCGGGGGCACCCUGUGAGCUGGCAGGGCUGGGAGGGGGCAGGCAGUGUGGGGAGGGGUUGGGGAGGGAAUGAAGAGUGGCCUCAAAGCA